CCCAAAGAAAUGGCAUAUUCAUCCUUGUGUUUUCCAGGCCCUACAGCAGGAUGAAGCCAUCCACUGCCAUCAUUUUUUGCUUCUUGGUGCUGGGAGUUGACAGCCAAAGAUGGUUCCAGUUCAUGAAAGAGGCUGGUCAAGGGACUAGAGACAUGUGGCGGGCUUACUCUGACAUGAAGGAGGCCAACUGGAAAAACUCAGACAAAUACUUCCAUGCUAGAGGGAACUAUGAUGCUGCCCAAAGGGGACCAGGAGGAGCCUGGGCUGCUAAAGUGAUCAGGUAA